AUGUCCAACCAAGUAUUACCCGCCACCCUAGACCUGGUUCAUCAAGCCCAGAAGCUGUUCCAGCAGCGUCCCCUGCUUGCCACAACGGCAGCAAUAGGCAGCCUCUGGACGGUGAACCGAGCAUUGUCAGUCCUGGGAGGCCUCUAUCUCCACUUCAUCCGACGCAGCUCACUGCCCCGAUACAAGCGCGAUGCAGAUUCCGACGGCGUCUGGGCGUUGAUCACGGGUAGCUCAGAUGGAAUCGGGAAAGGCUUCGCUGAAGAGUUCUGCCAACGCGGUUUCAACGUAAUCCUCCAUGGCCGCAAUGAAACGAAACUCAACAACCUCCGCACCACCCUCCUAGCACAAUAUCCCGGCCGCCAAAUCCGCAUCCUAGUCUUCGACGUAUCCCACGACCUCAACGACCCGACCAAACUCCCUACCGCCAUCGCCGCGCUCAAGGACCUCAAAAUCCGCAUCCUCGUCAACAACGUCGCUGCCCUGCCCCUCGGCCGACCAAUGUGGAUACCCUACCAAACCUGGCAGGACACGACCACACGAGCGACAAUCGACGCCAACGUGACUUUCUGCUGCGAUAUUACGCGACUGCUAUUGCCGCAGCUUAUCGCCAAUCAACCGGGCCUAAUCAUCACCGUUGGUAGUGGCGCGAGCGAGGUGCCCGUCCCCUACACUGCUGUGUACAGCGGGUGUAAAUCCUUCAACAUGGUAUUCUCGCGCUCGUUGGCCGCCGAGAUGAAAGCAGAAGGCCAUGAUGUCGAGGUCUUAGGUGUCGUUUCCGGCUUGGUGUCGACGGCGAUGGAGCCGCGGCCCGUGACUCUCUUCUGCCCUACUUCACGGACUUUUGCUCGCAGCGUGCUGGAUAAGGUGGGCUGUGGGCGGAGUAUCAUCUGGCCUUACCUACCGCAUCUGAUUAACUUUGGACCUGUUGUGGCCAUGCCGGAGUGGCUCAAAAUGCAGAUUUCGAUCGGCAUGGCACGGGAUGAGAAAGCUAAGGAGGCCAAGAUGCUGAAAGGGCAGUAA